UGGCCCUUACAUUACAUUAACCACAAUCGCCAGUUUAUUUACAAUCUUAUUUACGUCGCAAAUUUUUAUUCACCAUAAUCAAAUAAUAAAAAUCGGUAACCAAAUGCUAAUUAUCAAAUAUUUACAUAACAUUAAUUACAUAAGUGUUGGCUAAAUAACAUUUUAAUAACCUCUCAAGAUGAGUGAAAAAUCCACUGGUGCUCAAGCCCAACCUCUUGUCAAAAUUGGUCACUACAUCCUAGGCCCCACCUUGGGCGUCGGAACAUUUGGCAAAGUCAAAAUUGGGGAACAUCAAUUAACUAAACAUAAAGUUGCUAUCAAGAUACUGAACCGGCAAAAGAUAAAAAGUCUAGAUGUCGUCGGUAAAAUACGCAGAGAAAUUCAAAAUUUAAAGUUAUUCAGACAUCCUCACAUUAUUAAAUUAUAUCAAGUUAUUAGUACUCCGACUGAUAUUUUUAUGAUUAUGGAGUACGUCUCGGGCGGCGAACUUUUCGACUACAUCGUUAAGCAUGGGAAAUUGCAGGAGCAUGAGGCCCGAAGAUUUUUCCAACAAAUCAUUUCAGGCGUCGACUAUUGUCACAGGCAUAUGAUCGUUCAUCGUGAUUUAAAACCGGAAAAUCUGCUUUUGGAUCACAAUAUGCAUGUAAAGAUCGCAGAUUUUGGGUUAUCCAACAUGAUGAUGGAUGGUGAAUUUCUACGGACAAGUUGCGGAUCUCCUAAUUAUGCGGCUCCGGAGGUUAUAUCGGGUAAAUUAUAUGCUGGGCCGGAGGUGGACAUUUGGUCAUGUGGUGUCAUUCUGUAUGCUUUAUUAUGUGGAACGUUACCGUUUGAUGAUGAGCAUGUGCCUACGUUAUUUCGAAAAAUUAAAUCUGGAAUAUUUCCUAUACCGGAGUAUUUAAAUAAGACGGUUGUCAGUUUACUUUGUCAGAUGUUGCAAAUUGAUCCAAUGAAACGUGCAUCCAUUGAGGAUAUUAAGAAACAUGAAUGGUUCCAGAAAGAUUGUCCUGCUUAUCUGUUUCCGUCACCUGUCGAACAAGACGCUUCUGUGAUAGAUACUGAUGCUGUGUUUGAGGUAUGUGAUAAAUUUGGUGUAAAGGAAGGAGAAGUACAUAGUGCUUUAUUAAGUGGCGAUCCACACGAUCAGUUAGCAAUUGCGUAUCAUUUAAUAAUAGACAACAAACGAAUUGCUGACGAGGCGGCCAAAGCGGAAUUGAAAGAUUUUUAUGUGGCUGGAAGUCCGCCACCUGUCAUAACAAUGAGUCCUAGUCCUAGCCCGAGUCCAUCCGAUUUCAGUUCGAGCCCAUUAAAACCACAUCCAGAAAGGAUUGCUCCAUUAAGAGAUAGAGUUAUUGCAUCUAACCAUGCAGCAGCUGAUCGCAGUAGAGUGAAAAGAGCAAAAUGGCAUUUGGGUAUUCGUUCUCAAAGUAAACCAAAUGACAUUAUGAUGGAGGUGUAUAGAGCUAUGAAAGCACUCGAUUUUGAAUGGAAAGUUGUUAAUCCUUACCAUGUAAAGGUGAGACAAAAGAGUCGCCUUCAUGACCGAUAUGUUAAGAUGUCGCUCCAAUUAUAUCAGGUGGAUUACAAAAGCUAUUUGCUGGAUUUCAAAAGUCUCAGCAAUGAAGAGGCUGAAGCAAACUCAUGUGCAUUAUUAGGGUCUGUACCAACACCGAUACAACUUGGUAAUUCCGGUAGUAUAAAAAUGAAUUCCGGUCACCACACGAUGGAAUUCUUUGAAAUGUGUGCAGCUCUUAUUAUACAAUUGGCACGUUAAAUGAGUUGAGAAAUUGCUAUUAUUUUUAGUAUUUUGUUAACUAGCAAUCGCCAAAGAUAACUACCUAAUACCUAAGAGAGUGCUAGAGCAAGUUAUCAAACGAGAGUUGCUUCAUAAUUUAUUUGGUAUAGUAGUACUUAGAAUUGGAAUAUAAGUAGUGGUAGGUGCGCCCAGGGCUCUUAAAAAUCUACCUUAAAGUAUGUAUAUUAAUUAUCUCUCCUAAAAAUAAGUUAUGUAAUUACUUUGCUGCAAUAAACAAGAAGCUUCAAUUGG